AUGAAAAGUUUAAGAAAAGAUGAAUUUUACGAACACAUGCGAAGACUAGGAAGGCUGUCUCACCCUAAUCUGUUGCCGCUUGUGGCUUUCUUCUACACAAAAGAAGAAAAACUUUUGAUAACCGAGUUUGCUGAACAAGGCAGCUUGGCUAGUCACCUCCAUGGUAAUCGAAGUCCUCAACAACUAGCUCUUGACUGGCCAACCCGCUUAAAGAUCAUCAAAGGUAUAGCCAAGGGAUUGGCUUAUCUUUACAAGGAGCUCCGUAACAUAACCGUACCACAUGGCCAUCUAAAGUCAUCCAAUGUUCUACUAAACUACACAUAUGAACCCCUUCUAGCUGAUUAUGGCCUAGCACCAGUGAUCAACAAGAAGCACGCCCAACAAUUUAUGGUAGCCUAUAAAUCACCAGAGUCUACACAAAAUGAUAGUUUAAAUAGAAAGAGUGACGUAUGGAAUCUUGGUAUUCUGAUACUAGAGUUGCUCACCGGCCAGUUUCCCGCGAAUUAUCUGAAUCAAGGGAGAGGAGACAAUGCGGAUUUGGUAGCAUGGAUUAAGUCUGUUGUAAGAGAAGAGUGGACUGGUGAGGUGUUCGAUAAAGAAAUGAAUCCGACCCGGAAUGAGGAAAGUCGGAUGAUGAGGCUUCUGAAAAUUGGGAUGUGUUGCUGUGAAUGGGAUGUGGAGAAAAGAUGGGAUUUGAAUGAAGCUGUUGAGAAAAUUGAAAAGUUAAAGGAAAGGGAUUGGGAUGAUGACUUUUCUUCAAAUGUUAGUGACGAUGUGUAUUUUCAUCGAGGGCCUAUUACUAAUGAGGGAUUGGCAUUCUCUAUGACUUGA